CGCUACGACCUUCAUCUGCCAACCAGCCCUCGGUCUUUUUCUUCCUUUCUUUUUUCUUCCUUUUUUUUUUUUUUUUCGCCGCUUCACGUCACGGACCUGAUAGACUUGGGUAUUACCCGGAGUGGCCUUUCAAAAAACGAAGAAGCAGCACAGGCUGAAGUGUUCCACAACGUCGGGCCGAGCGCCUUUGCUCUAUUCAAUUUGUCUCCGAUGACAUUGACGGCUUAUUUUCUUGUAAUUGCUUUUCUUUCCACGACUGUCGACUUUCGCUUGUUCCAGACACAGUCCUUGGCGUGUCUCUGUUGGCCUGCUGGCUUCUGGUAUGAAGCAUGGCGUUUGCAUGGUCAUCGCUUGGCUCCGGGCCCCUAUUUCCACAAAAAGGGGGAUCAUUUGCGAGGGUUUUCUUUAAUGGGGAAAAGUAUGAGGGAACCGGUACAUUUUAUUGGAUCUUUGGGGCUUCUAGGGGCGCUUUUCAUCAUUUUGGACUUCAGAAUAGGCUUAAAAGUGUAUGGCCGGGUUUGGUUUUGUUUUCUUGGGGUUGUCAAACAGAUUGGCGCUGUCUUUCUUUCGGACGGCUUGUCUCCUUGCUCUCAUUUUCUAUUCCCCCUGGCCUGGCUGGUGGCUCGCAAGUAG